AUGCUGAAAACCCGGCAGUGUUUACUGGGACUGCGCACUUUCCUCGGUGUGGCGUCCAGAAUCUGGGGCUUCAUCCUCUAUAUUCUCCGGAAACACCUGCGGACUAUCAUUCAGUACCAGACUGUGCGCUAUGAUAUUUUACCUCUUUCUCCUGCAUCCAGAAACAGACUCAAUGCAGUGAAGAGGAAGAUCCUGGUUCUGGAUCUGGAUGAGACUCUGAUCCACUCUCACCAUGAUGGAGUCCUGAGACCUACAGUCCGACCCGGAACUCCACCAGACUUCAUCCUCAAAGUGGUAAUAGAUAAACACCCGGUGAGGUUUUUCGUCCAUAAAAGGCCACACGUGGACUUCUUCUUAGAAGUGGUGAGUCAGUGGUACGAGCUGGUGGUGUUUACAGCCAGUAUGGAGAUUUACGGCUCAGCUGUAGCAGAUAAGCUGGAUAAUAACAGAGGGAUCCUGAAGCGCAGAUACUACAGACAGCACUGUACUCUGGAUCUGGGCAGUUACAUUAAGGACCUGUCUGUAGUGCACAACGACCUGUCCAGUAUAGUCAUCCUGGAUAACUCACCUGGAGCAUAUCGCAGUCAUCCAGAUAAUGCGAUACCUAUACGGUCGUGGUUCAGUGAUCCCAGUGACACGGCGCUGCUCAACCUGCUGCCCAUGCUGGAUGCACUCAGGUUUACGUCAGACGUGCGCUCAGUUCUCAGUCGUAAUCUUCAUCAGCAUCGUCUCUGGUGAUCAGACGGAUUUUAUUCUUCUUUAUCAGAUUCUCCACGGCUGGAGGUCUGUCAGGUGACCUGUGAUGUCAUCGGGACAAUCGGACUGCAGAGCGAGAGAGAGACACGCCCAUGUGCACACACACACACACACACACACACACAGCUGAACUAAACUAAUGUGGAUGGAGAGACAGGAAGCUGCCUCACACCCAGUGUGUGUGUGUGUGUGAUGGAUUGAUUCAGAUUUGUCACAUUAAUACACAGAAAGUGCUGCUCAGAUCAGUCGUACAGCCACUCACUCCUUCAUCGUCCUCCUCAUCAUCGUCCUCCUCAUCAUCGUCCUCGUGCAUUCCUUCUGAAUCUACCUUCUCAAGAACAACUUCAGCAUCCGUCUGAAACCGGCUUAGAUGUACUGCUGAAAUUGAACUUGUUCCUCUUCACUAAGCUCUGUACCUUGAUCAGGGUAGCAGUGGGUCCAGACCCUGAACCAGAAACAGCGGGUGUCUGCAGUGGUAAAUCUGUCCUGCUCUCAAUUUAAACAUCACCCAUCACCGCUCAGUACAGAACAGGACCAGUACAGAACCAGUACCCCUAACUCCAGUACUGAAGCACCAGUUCAGCACCGUCUGCUGAAUGUUCUCCACCUCUGGAUGAGCACAUUGUUCUUAUUCACAUCUGUAGGAAUGGCUUUUGACAGCUUCUGACAGUGAUGGAUUCUUAAUCCUGCUCUUUUUAAUCCUCGACCUUCUCAUCUUCUCUUCUUUCUCUCCUCCGUCCUCAUACUUCUGCUCUUUGUUCUUCUGUCCUGCAGCUUCACAGUUACACGUGAGUUUACAUCCACCUGAUCCAGAGAAGUUUAGAAACUACCAUGAAUCAGAAGCGGCAGGAUCACUGGUCUCACUGUUCACAGUCAAGUGAGCUUUAUUUUGCUGUUGGCUGCAGGUGUAUGUAAACUUCUGAGCUGUGAUUCUGUGUUUUUAUUUGUGUUUCGUUUGGUGUGAAAUUCUGGAUUCUGACUGAAAUGGAUUCCAACUCCGUUUCUUACAAACCAGUAGUGAACUGGUGUGAUCUGUGUUGUAAUAAUAAUGUAAUGGAUGGGGGGGGGGGGGGGGUGAGUCAGUAUAACUCUGAUUUCUGAAUCAAUCCCACCAGCUCCAGGAUAGAAUUCAUGUUGAUUCUGAUGGAAAUGUUGAAGUUGUUCUGUAGAAUCUGGACUUUACUGGAGCAGAAGCGACUCGGACCUGAAUCAGACUGGAAGGACGUAUCGUGGAUCUGACUGGAAGCUUCUGAGAUGUUUCAGUCCGAACAAGAAUAUGAGCACUGAUUCAUCCGCCUGAUCAAAAACCUCAAUUAUUUACCAUCAAUCAAUCUCUCUGUCUGUCUCUCUGUCUGUCUGUCUCUCUGUCUGUCUCUCUCUGGCUGUUUGAUCAAUAGAAAGUGGAGUGUGUGAGUGCACUCGUAUCCGAGUUCGUUCUCAGAUUUGUGCAGAUUUACAAUAAAACUCGUUAAAGUCA